UUCUAGAAUGGUCUGCAUCAUGCGAGCACUUCAAUUUGCCCCUCACCAUGUCUCCACGGGAUCCUUUUGAAAAGUUUUGCAAGGAGGACGUAGAAGAAGGCCUUGGGUGAUCAUGAGCGCCGCCUGCUGACUACUUUCUGCAAUCGGAGUAGCGGAGCUGCACGAGUUGCUAGUGUUGGACCUUAAAAAUCCGAAGGCACAGCCGAACGCAAUCCAGACUGGAGGUACUUUUAUGACCGUUCCAAAGCAAGAGGUUAUGCUUUCCUUUGUGUUUGUUUAAACCAGUAUCUCCAAAUUUUGAGUGUGCCAAGGGGCACAUAUUUUGUCCGAGAAGAUUUCUCAUGAUGCAACACCAAACAAAAAUGCCGCCAAAGGCGCAUGCAUUAUAUCUGGCUGUUUAGAAUUACAUACAUCAAUUGUGUAAACCGUGAGUAAUCAACAUACGAUGCAUGAUCACCAAAUGCCACCGCAUUUGAUCAUUUUCCGUGACAGACAUGAUCUGGCAAUGAAGACACUGACGCACACUAUUAAUGUUUGUUUGGUUAUUUUUUGGGGGUAGGACAUUUCCAAAUGUUAAAAAGUUUUUUCUUCUCAGAAUUAUGGCUAGAUUAGUUAUUGGAAAUUGACAAAAUAUAUAGACUUAUAUCCUAGAUACUAUACAAAAAUGUUAGCAAAAGGGAUCAUUUGCAACAACUAAACUUAAAUGUACUUUUUUUCUUACAGAGAGCUUUCAAUAUAUAAAACAUUACUGUUGGUGAGAGACGUGGACAUUGAUGACAUGAUCUGGGGACGAGUUACCACACACAGUUUUUAAAGUAAAAAAAACGGAACAACAGUGGCAACUCCUUACGAGGCAAUUUGUUGACUGAAAAAUCAAACUUUCACGAAAAAAGCGAACUGUGUCCUGAUGUCAAAAGUACGUUAGUGUGUGCGUGUGUGAGUGUAGAGGUGCGGGGGUUAUCUACAACACCAAAAACCGUGUGCCAUCCUUUGUAUGUUUAUGCUUUGUAUAUCGUGCUGCAGUGACGUCGACCUCGAUGAGUUGAGUAACUCGCGCGAGCGUGUCCGGUGCAGAAAGGCCGCAGCUGCUCCACUCAAAUAACACAUGCCCACGCAGGAUCGGAUUAACGCAGGAUUGGCCACCUGACCGAGGAAAUUCGUCGUGCGCAGACUCCGAGGCAAUCUGCCACUUUGGGAGCCUCCUCAGAGCAGUUGUUUCGAUCAGCUGACGGAUGACGUCACACAACAAGCAACGUGAUUUGCGCGAAACCUCUCCAUGUGACGUAAUCGCCCUUGGAUGUGCAGUUUGCGCGCGCCCUGAGCGCAGCGAACUACAGCUUCGAGAGGAACUUUCAGCCUGAGCAUGCGGACGUUGGUGCUGCGGGAGACCGUCAAGCGCUUCCCUUGGCUGGCCAACGUGACGCUGUACGGAGCCCUGUUCGCCGGAGGUGAUCUGCUGCACCAGCUGCUGGCGCACAGGCAGCGACUGGAUUAUACGCACACCCGCAAUGUUGCCGUGGUGGCGGUCACCUUCCACGGGAACUUCAACUACUUCUGGAUGAGAGCGUUAGAGCGACGGUUCCCGGGGAAGUCGGCCGGGAUGCUCUUCCGAAAGCUGCUGCUGGACCAGAGCUUCGCCUCCCCGCUGGCCACCAGUGUCUUCUACACGGGGGUGAGCUUCCUUGAGGGCAAGGAAGACAUCUUUGAAGACUGGCGGGAAAAGUUCUUCAACACGUGGAAGACUGGACUCAUGUACUGGCCUUUCAUGCAGUUGCUGAACUUCGCGCUGCUGCCUCUGCACAUGCGCACGGCCUUCAUGGGCUGCUGCGCCUUCCUGUGGGCCACCUUCCUCUGCUUCUCCCGCCAGGACGGCGACGGCACAGUCGGUGUGGCGUUAGCCUUCGUCAUGGACCCCCGCAAGACUCUGGAGGAGAUGCGUCAGGCCCGCCUGGCCAAGAAGCGGGACCGAGAAGCCCACAAGGACAAUUAGUCAGAUGCUACUGUUGAAUAUCAACCAAGAGGACCUGCUGGGUCCAAGAUCAUGACCAUGUACAGUGGGUCCAUACAUGCGUGGUUGUUUUUGAAAUGUAUGCCUAGACAACAGGUGGCGCUGUAGCCCUGGAACCAUAAAGCUGAGCCAGUCAGAAGCAAAGGCAGAAAAGGCCUGUUGCUAAAAUGCUAAGCAAUUAGUGUAUAUCUUUUGUGCCAACCAAAUGCACACACAAACUUUGAUCUCAUAUUUAGUUUUUAAUAUAUGAAUAUAAAUGUGUUUAUAUUUAUUUUGCCAAGAAGUAUCAAAGACGAAUAUAAUCGCAGCACGUGAGGAAACACGUCCUUAACAAAUUCGUGAUGCCGCUUUGAUAUUUUUAAAUAUGGAAGGAUGGACAACCUCAUUGUUUGUUUAAAAAACUCUAUUAAUCAUAAAUAUUUCCUUUUUAAAUUACAUUAAAUAUAACAUAUGAUUGUGAAUUUAUUAUCUAAUAAAAUAAAUAUAAAAUGUUCAAUGUAUGCUCUAUGUAAAAGAGCUUAUUUGACUAUUUUUAUUAUUUUAUCUUAUUCUAUUAAAUUAAAGAAUGUAAUGAAUUGAUCUAUAUGUAAAAUUGUGCAUUUUACGAAGAUUUUUAUUUUGUUCAAACAAUUAAGAAAAUUGUUUAUUCCACUCACUUUUUCAUU